AUGUCCAACCAGCUAAUGGUGCUUGCCGUGCAGGAGGAGGUGAUCAAUGUCUUUCUCCGUGUGGGCCAGAGCUACCUGGAGGAGAAUGGCCUCAGCACUGCCCUUCUCGAGAUGCCCGUCAAGAUGGAAGAGCCAGUGUACGGUCUGAAGAACUCCAUCUACCGCGACUACAUGGCGCCCGGCACCAUUCUCUCCAUUGCCUUCCUCAGCGCCAUUCCCCUCACAGCCAUGGUGCUCGUUGUCGAGCGAAAACAGGGACUCAUUGAGCGAAGCAUCGUCGCCGGCGCCAGCUACUUGCGCAUUCUCGUCGCCCUGCUCAUUCCGCAGAUCAUCAUUCUCUUUGUCUCCUCACUGGCGCUGAUGAUCUUCGUCUUUCCCGUCUUUGGCCUCUCCUACCACGGAGAGUUUGCCCUCAUUCUCCUGCUGACCUUUCUGCAGAGCAUCUGCGGCAUGUGCUUCGGAGUGCUCGUCUCAACGCUGGCUAAGGAUGAGAACUCUGCGACGAUGAUCGCCCUGGGCUUCUUCUACCCGAACCUCCUUCUCAGCGGCACCGUCUGGCCGAUUGAGGCCAUGACCCGAGUGCAGCGGUACUUUGCCAUCCUCCUCCCGCAGACCAUUCCCAUCGCCUCCAUGCGCAACAUCAUCAGCCGUGGCUGGACCAUCUUCUCCUUUGAGGUGGCAAGUGGCUUUCUCGUCUCCAUCGCCUGGAUUAUCGUCUUUGUGGUUCUCUCCACGUUCAUCUUUCGCUACCGCAAGGCCUAA